AUGCGUUUUCUUUUCUGUGGAGAUAUCCAUGGGAACGAGCAGCAACUGAGCGCAAUUGUACGCUAUACGUGGAAGCACAAGAUUGAUGUUUUUGUUUUUCUCGGAGAUUUUUCUCCCAAUAGGUUUAUGUACGAAAGCCCUCCAAAAGCAGAUGCAUUCAAUAGGGACACGAUUUUCCCCCUUUUUAGAGCUAUCAAUGCUAGAUAUAAGUUUGUUAUGCCAGGUAAUACAGACUUUGCCACUAACUCCACUAUCUAUGAGAACGAAUUUACUGAUCCUAGAUUUGGCCUUUUUGAAUACAUUAGGCACGGAGUUCGGUACAUAGACGGUAAAAUUGGUGUGCUCUUUUCAUCAUACACUAAUAUAUCUCCACACUCUCUCAAGGACUCUGAGUGCGUGGAUGUGGAGCGAGACAAAGUAAUCCCACCAGGAAACUCCUCUCACGCACGCAUGGGCACGCGCCAAACAACCCGUGUUAUUGUUGACUAUGAAGAGUGUCCACGUUGUGGGCCGAACUGCAUCUGCAAGGUAAAGGAAGACAUCAUUACUACACACAGAGAUAUAGAGCGGCACGCAAAGAUCAAGUAUGUAGUCGCAGAGAGUCUUGCGGUUAAGGGUGUAAUUAGCAAAGAACCAGAUCCUAAUGAGCUCUCUGAUGACCCUUCCGUCGAGCCUAUUAUGCUCUCCGACGCCCUGGCAUACAGCAAGAAGUACUUUGAGGUGGUAGAUGUUAUGGACCCUAGAACCCAACCGGAAUGGUAUCGAAUUCAGCAGCAGACAACCAUAUGCACCAAGAUGAAAGCAACUCUUCUCAGCCUCUGUGGACUGUAUGAUAAGGCAGGCUAUAUGCAAGGUCUCAACCUGCCUCUAGAGCAGAUACCAGAGGCAAAUAAUGUGAAGUUUGUGACUAAUGAGCGAAUAAAGAAGUUCGAUGUUGUGGAGUGGCAUAAUGAGUGUUGCACUGAGUUAGUAGGUCGCUCUUUUGGAGAAGAGGAAACUUUUAAGUGGACAGACUCCAAGGACGCUUCAGGCACAGAGGUGUACAUGCCACUACAUUUGCGGCGUCGCAUGCCGCCUCCUGUUGUGCUCUGGGCAACUCACGGCCCCACAUUCAAUACCACCGCUGAUCGACUACGAUCUGGAGACCAUUGUGGAAGUAAGGGAUAUAGAAAUAUUCUCAAUCUCUUGCCUUUUGAGUACAUGCCAGACAUCCAAAUCAGCGGUCAUAUCCAUGAGGCAGCUCGCGACGGAACAUUCAGUUCAUCAGAGGCGUUCACCAAAGACUGCGGAGACAAGCUGGUUGAGUUCACUAGUAUUGGUAAUGAAGGGCUUGUUGUCCCUUUCUGUCUCAAUGUAGCAUUCAUUCUAAUGGACUUCGAUGAUACCGGGAAGCUUCUUGAUUACCAGCGCGUCGUUAUCCCUGUUCAGCCGUACAGAGACAGUGAGGAAGCAGUGAAGCGUUUUCGGGCUAGUCUUUCUAGGGUAACAAACAUCAAAAGAGGCGACAGGGGCUGA